CCUGUAUAUACAAGAAGGAGCUGCAGGCAUGUGACUGUGGUGAAUCGGAAUCUUCAACGGGGCCUUUACUUGUUGGCAUCCUGGGUGGUUUGUUAAUCAUAAUAUUUUGGACCUGGAUGAUAAGGAGUACUUGGAGAAGAAUCGACAGCAGUAAUGGAUUCCCUGGAGGACAUAGGAUUCUCGAGAACCCAGCUCCUACUUCUACUAACUAUUGUAUUUUGGGUAAAUCCUGCAAAAACAGAUAUUGGCCAGCAAUGCUUGAGUGAUAUGGACUGUGACCCUUAUAUCAGUGAAGAACGCUGCAGGGAUGGAUGGUGCCAUUGUAGCUCUAUAGAGUACAGUGAAACUUCUUUGGCUCCUGAAUGUGAUGCACUUAUAAUGUUGACCAGCAGAUUUUGUUCAUCACUGUUGACUUGUCCAGAUUACAGUAAAUGUGAAGAAGGAAUAGGUUGUGUGUGUGAUGAAGGAUACAUAAAGGUUGCUUCUGCAUGUAAACCGAGAGUGUUCCAGGAAGUUCUUCAGCCAUGCUACUCUGAGAAUGGGACAGUGUAUAUUUGUGAUCUUAGCCAACACAGCAUCUGUAGUGGAGGGAAAUGUAUAUGUUUUGAUACCUUCUUGCCCAACACAACCAGUGGCCAGUGUGAACCUGAGAAGGAUUUUCUAAUUGCUAAUGAUCUUGAUGAGUACUGCGUUACAACUGGUGAAUAUUGCAAAUACGAUACACACUGUAUUGAGGGAUUGGAGUGUCAGGACAAUGUGUGUUCAUGCCCCAGGUCCUGUACAUACAAGAAGGAAAAGGAAAUAUGUGACUGUGGAGAAACCGACAAUACUGUUGCUCCAAUAUGUGUAGGUGUUUUCUCAGGUAUAUUGAUAAUUGGAUUUUGGAUCACAACUAUUAACAGGACGAUUGACAGCCAUAAGCAAAAGCAGAAUAUUCAUCAUGUAGAAGAAUCUACUUCAGAACAAUCAACUCCACGUGCAUAUCCUCUUACUCCAGUUGCUUCUUCAGCACUAACUGAAACAACUGCAGAACAGAAUACAGGUGGCACUGAGGUUACACCAAGGGAAACACAGGCUGAUCAGUUGCCAACAAAAGCAGCAGCACCAUAUCCAAUGAAUCCUCUGGCACCACCACCAGCACAGUCCAUAGGCUUUCAGAACCCUGCUUCAAAUCCAGCUUCAUUACCUGGGUGUCCUCCGUACUCCUUUAACACCCCAGAAGCCCAUAGUUUUGCUCCCACGGCACCUAAUGAACCUCCUCCACCAUACUCUCUUUACCCUUCACAAGAUCAAAGCUUACCAUCUCACACUCCAAGUCAGUUUCCUAAUGCCACUGCACCACCUGUUUCAGAAAGUUCAUCAACAAUACCAUGCCCUCCCAAUCCCUCAGCUCUACCUUAUCCAUACAAUCCUUGAGCAUGCACCAUACCCUUUAGAAAUCUCUCUCAGAUCUCCAGUAAAGAUUUCUUCAUUGAUGUUACAACAAUAUAUACCUAAACUAGAUUCAGCUGUAUUCUCAUGUUGCCAUACUGACAAGAAAAAGAUAGUUCUCCAUAUUCAGAGCAGUGAGACGGCUUAAGCAAAGUGAGAAGUUACUGUUCCCAUAUGGAGAAAUAUGGGUGAAGAAAAUCCUUUAUAUCAAUUACCUUUCUGAAAGUUCUUUCAGCUGUGCUAUCAAGAACUUAGUAGUUCUUAUGGAUUAUUAUGACUUGCUGGAAAGGUCACAUAGCAGAAAUGUAAGGCAGGGCCCAUUUCCUUCCAUACAUUUGCAUAUUUUAUAUAGGUUGUUUUGAAACAUUUGCACCAUUAAUUUUACUUGAUUUGAUCAUGCAAUUUAAUUUUUGAACUUCAUGUUCAAGUAGAUGUAGACUUCCAAGCAGUCUGUGGCAUCUUAUUUCAUACCCAUGGUAAUGAGUUGAAGGAGUAGACUAGGGUGACAAACUGUUUUUACAAUAUCCAACUAGCUUUAAGUAUUGGUCUGAUCUUAGAUGAGCCUUUUAGAGGGCAAUCUUUCCUUAUUGCAGCCAUUCUUUUACAGAGUUGGUUGUUACAUUCAUCAGACUGCCAUGUUGUUGAAGAUUUAAAGAACUUUUAUAAUGUUUGUAAAUGGUUAUAUAUAUCACUGACCCCACUCCUUAGAAAUUGUCUUUUAAAAGGUGUAUAUUUCUCAGUUAUUGUCAGAGAUAGAUUGAAUUUAAAUUUAUCACUGUUCAGAAUGGUUAUUUCUAUUCUCAGGAAUGGAAACAAUUAUGGUAAAGAGAUCGCCUUUUGGAGAUGGAAAUAUCAUCUCAAAAAUCAUGUACUUAUUGAAGUCUCCCAGACAUACAAAGCUGAGUCAGUUGUCUAAACAGGUCUUUCAAUUUGUCAAGAUCAUUUAGGUGCUGGAAUUUGGAUGCAAAUAUAUGGUCAGAAAUCUGCUGCCAGAAUGGUCUUACUCUGUGAAGGAAAACUUAUGACCCCGUAAUGCUGAUCCUUUACAAAUAUAGACAAGGAUUUCUGAAUCUUCAUUCAGUAACAUUCCUCUAGCCACACACCAGGCACACUCAUAAGGUCAUUUUGUGUUACUUGGCAUUCAUCCUAACCUGCGAAACACUGCAUUGGUUACCAAAAGUUCAGGCUGCCAUUACUGGUAACCCUGCCUUAGUAUAGGUGAAAAUCUUCCAACGGUAUAACUUACUAGGUCAUUGGGAUCAUGAACCUCGGCAUAAAAGAAAGAGGUCUGUGUGCAAAGUAGGGAAUAAAAGACUUAUUACUAUGGUACAUGUCAAACUUCAUCUUUACAGUAUAAUUGUCUUACUUGUACUAGAUAGCAAAAAUAUAGAGAUCAGGGAAAGCUUCUGGACAAUGCAAAAAGGUCCUGAGCAUUGGUAGGACAUACCAUGAGAUUUUUUUAAUAAGCUAGAAAAAUGUUAAGAAAUGUUCCUAGAACUUUAUUAUAAAAGGAAAUAUACUGGUUAUAUUAGAAUUAAGUGGUAAUUUAAGGAUGUUAUCUUUCAGGCAUCUUGGCUGCCAACAGGCAUUUUUGGGGUAUUUAUUAACAAAUAAAGCAUUUUAAAAGUACUAAUUUUAGUUGUAACAAGUUUACUGUAAAAGUUACAAAGCUGCAUCACUACGGCCAAAGAUUUUACAAAUGAUGCCGUUUUGAUGCCUUGGAGAUCUUAUAGAAUGCAACAAAAGUUCCAUAAACAACUCAGAUCUGUAUUUUAAGUAUGUUAUCUGGUCAUUACAGAUUUUAGGCACCUUGGCUGCCAACAGGCAUGUUUUCACUGCCAAAAAAUCAAGCAUUUAAAAAGUAGUAAUUUUAGCUGUAGCAGAUUUAUUGUAAGAACUAAAACAGCUGACUUAAAUGCAACACAACGAAUAAAAAGGUUACUAUUAGCAGCAAAACUGCUCCACUACAGUCAAAGAUCUGCAAGUUCUAUUUAUUUAGCUAUUUAUUAUUUAUUUUUCUAUUCUCUUUUGCAAAUCUAAUUACUUGGAAAUAUUUCACCCUAAAGGCCUGUCCACACAGGCGGGCAUGAUCAGUGGGCACAUCGGUGGUAAAGAUGACGUCGCAGGUAAGAAUGGGAAACUACCUUUUUACCGAGUAAUUUGUCUGGCCAUGGUGUCAUCUUUACUCAUGCAUGCCCAAGGUCUAUAUAAAUACUUAAAUAGACCUUGUGCAAGUACAUGUGCCAAAAUGAUUAUGCUUGCUUGUGUUGACAGGCCUUAAUAGUUGGUUGUAAGGAUAUGUCCAUUGUUAUAUGUGAUAGUACUUUAUUUGUGGAUAAUAUUAAGGGAUUUCUUUUAUUGUAUAAUUUUCAACCUCUUUUUUUGAAAGUUAACACCAUGAUAUAUAAAGUGUGUGUGUGCGCAUAUAUGUGACAUUGUGUACAUACAAAUAGAAAACACAAUGAUGCUUUAUUAUGUCUGAAAUGCAUUAGUGCUCGUGCAUUUGGCUCGUGUAUUAUAAACAACAGUACAAGGUUCGUGAAACAUAUACCUCAUGUGCGGAGAAUCACAUCAGCUAAUAAAAUAUCCAAUUUGAUUUAGGACCAUAUGCCGGUUUCCCCAUGUAAAAAAAAAGGUUAUCCUAAAGUUGCCUUCCAAACGAGACCACUCUUGUGCAGUUGCAAAUGAUUGAGUGGCUUCAUUAACACAAGCAAGCAAAACUAUCACAGCACCAGUUGUGAUAGUUUUGAGAAAUAUCAUGUCUAAUUUGAUGAGUUCUGUGUUACUUUUCUCAGUGUGGUUGUGAAUCGUUCCUUUAUUUGAGACAUUUUUUUUUCUCAUUUUUUUCUUUUCUUUUUUGUUAUCAAAUGAAUUGUAAAUUUUAGAAGUAAAGUGUUUACAUGUGCACAUAAUUCUGAGAUGUCUCAUAUUUGAUUAGAUCAUAUACAAAUGAUAUGUAUGUUAUUGAUAUUAUUAUAUAGCAUUUAUAUUAUUUAUUGUAUUCUCCAGAAUCACAUAUUUUGUCUUCUGAAAAGUUUUUCUUACCAAAGGUUGUUUUGAAGGAUCUCAAUUUCUGCUUUGUAGUUGUUCAGGAAUCUACAGUAAUGAAGGUUAACACUCAGGUAUACUGGAAUAUAUCUAGAGGUUUAUUUUGUUAUAGUUAUGAGUAUUUUUUAUCCUCAUUGCUAUCGAUACUCUUAUCGUCAUUAUUAUUGUUAUUAUGUGUUUGUUUGUUGAAACACCAUUGUUUAUGAAUUGUUUCCCCAGUUUUUGCUUACUUUAAGAAGUAUGGCUGAAGUUCAUUGUAAAUUUGAUAUUGUAUUCUAAUACAAUAUUAAGUAAUGAAGAUGUAUUCAGUCUAGUAUUAUUAGUUUUUAGUAUUGCAGGCACACAAAACAUGCAACAAUGAAAGAUAUUCCAUAAAAUAACAUAUUUAACUUCUUCAUAGUCCACAAACAAAUAUAUGUUCAGGGGAGAUAUUUCUGAGCUGGUCAGGUAUGUUAUGCCCUCAGGACUAUACCAGAUAAAUACCUUUACCUUUGCCAUUUAUAUUUUAAGGUAAAAUAAUAUAUUUCUGAUAUAUCUCUUCCCCUUACUAAACAUAAAUCACGUAGUGAGGUAUCAUAUACCAUAUGAUAUAUGAUAUCAUAUAGCCAAUGUACAUAAAGAAUCCCAGUAUGACAUUUUAUGCCAUGAAGAUUGAUAUAUUCAGAAAUUUUAAGUUUUAUGCAAUAUAUUAAGUUUAGGAUCAGGAUUAAUCAUGAGAAUCUUUGGCAAAUAUAUGGUACAAAAGACAAAAUACCAUUUUUUGAUCAUAUAGCCAUUGCUCUGAGCCUAGAAAAUAUAUGUUAAAUUAUGUUUGGCACUAACCCCAUGCCAGCACAAAGUAAUUGCAAUAUCAUAACUAGGGGAAUGCUAAGCUUGACAUGGUGGUGAGUGCUUAGUGGAGAGGACGUUUGGUAGUAGUAGAGCACCAAUAUUUCAAAUGUCAUUAAAAAUAUAUUGAUAACAUGAGGCUGUAUGUACCAUAAAAAUUAGUGUGGUCUUA